AUGCUUGCGUCACACAACGAUAUCGUCAAAGUGACAAAACAAGGAGUAGGUGUGGACAUAAGAUUUCGGAGUGUAUGUGUGGGAGUACAUGUGUGGGUGGAUAAACAGAUGUGGCAGUGCGUGGGAGUGGGUGGAUGGUGCGAUAAAUGGAUGGAUGGACAUGAGAGAAAGGUGGGCGUUGGAAAUAGUUGCGAAGGUUUAACGGGAAUUAUUGAUGCAGAAAUUGAUUUUCUCCUACUUUUCAUGUGA